AUGACCCUGGAUCCAGCUCCCCUGAUUCGGUGCCAUUUCCCUCCCAAGGCGACCCUCUCCGCUGGGACCCUUUUGCUGAUUGGAGCUGCCGCCCUGGCCACCGGCUUCCUCCUCCCCCGCAAGCUGGAAGGAAUCGGCGCAGAAGAGUUCAUCGUGCUGGACCAGCAAGCCGUGGAGUACAACCAUGCCCUGGGCAUUUGCCAAGCUGUGGGAAUGGUUCUGUGCGCCCUCGCCAGGGCCUUGCUGGUCACUGGUGCCCUGUCCUCCGCUCUGGCCAGAGUGAACAGAGGAAGAAAGCGGGGAGAGGAAGAAGAGGCCGAGGAAGAGCCAGGGUCCCCCUUACUGCGGGAGAAUCCCCCUGGGAAAGGGAGCCCGGUUGGUUCGGCGAUCCCACUGCUGUUCAGAGCCUCCUGGGUGCAGAACAUCCAGCCAAAGACAGAGGCGAAAUCGCAGCCAGGUCCUUUGGGGAGCACCUCAGAAGCCCCACCCUGCAAGCCCUCCUGUGGCCUGGCCCCAGUGCACUGGCACAGACCAGCGCUGAGGAGGGGCCGUGGCUCAGUGACUUUCCUGUAG